AUGCGACUUCGUCUAUAUUUGGAUGGUGAUGGGAAUGCUAAACGUACUCAUAUGUCUCUCUUCUUCGUACUUAUGCGUGGAGAAUACGAUGCCAUUCUUCAUUUUCCAUUCAGCUUCAAAAUAACAUUUGCUCUUCUGGAUCAAACAUCUCAUCAACAACAUAUUAUCGGUUCAUUCCGGCCUGAUGGGAAAUCAAGUAGCUUUCAAAGACCUCGUUCAGAUAUGAACAUUGCUUCUGGCAUACCUAAAUUUGUACCACUUACAAUAAUUCAACAAGAUAACAAUCCCUAUGUUGUCGAUGAUACUAUGUUUAUAAAAGUUAUAAUUCAUUUUGGUGAUAUACCGAAGUCACUACUAUCAUAUACAUUAAAUCUCAAUCCCGGCUUGCCAGUUCAAGCCCAAAUGGAAUCGAUCAAACGAGAAUCAGCAAAACAAACCAAAGAUAACUCACUAGCUACAAUCAACGUAUCUACGUCACCUAAAAAUUAA